AUGCGCGGGAAGGGGCGGAGCCGCUCCGAAUUCUGGCGGGUACUGGCGGCGGGCGCGGCGGUGAGCGGGGAGCGUGAUGAUGACUUGGAUCUGCUGGCUUCUCUUCUGGAAGAAAAUGAAGCAGCUGAGGAGGGGAAUUCUCCUGAGGAGGAAGAUGCUCUCGAGGAUGAGGAUGGAGAACCAGAUGAGUACGAUGAGCUCUUUGAUGCAGAAGAUGAUGCAUCCUACACUGAGGAGGCUGAUGCUGAGGACAGCACGAUUGAUGAGCAGAAGGAGAACUUGGCCAUGCUGUUUGGAGAUGUAGAGGACCUGGUGGAAGAGGAGGAGGCAGAGAAAGCUGUCCCCACUUCAGCUCCCAGUCAGGCAAAGGAGAAAACCAAUGAAGAACUGCAAGCUGAGCUGAGAAAAUUGCAAGAGCAGAUGAAGACGUUACAGGAGCAGUUGCAGAAGACUGCUCUUGGGCAGCAAUCCAGUUCAGGCCCCGAGAAGAAAACCCCUGGUAAAUCUCCCUGUCCACCCUUAAAGGAAAGGAAAGUUCAGAAGCUGCAAGAGUCACCAUGCUUCUCAGCCCAGCUGGGCAAUCCUUUACCACCAGCCAAGCAAGGAAGGCAGAAAUCAAAAGCAUCCUCAGCAGAGAACAAGAUUCCUCCUCCACGGCAAGUCCUCAGUCUGGCAUUCCAGCCUCUCCAGUCUGCUGUAGGGAACACCCCCAGUAAGGUGGCCAGAGAGAAGACUCCUCAGGUGCCUGCAUGCUCCAGCACAACCACACAGCCAGUGUCUGUAGAAACCUUCUCAGGACUGAGAUUAAGAAAACCCCGGGUGUCUUCAGCGGAAAUGGACAGGAAAAUGGCCAACAGGAAACUCAUCCGGCUGUCUCAGCUGAAGAACAAGCUUGCUACUGAGAAUCUGGAGGAAAUAGACUGGGUAACAUUUGGAGUCAUAGUGAAGAAGGUCACUCCUCAGAGUGCAAAUAAUGGCAGGACCUUCAGCAUCUGGCGGCUCAACGACCUGCGCGACCUCAACGAGUGCGUCUCGCUCUUCCUGUUCGGUGAGGUCCACAAGGAGCACUGGAAGACUGAGCAAGGCACAGUCGUUGGCCUGCUCAAUGCCAACCCCAUGAAACCUAAAGAAGGCUCAGAUGAGGUGUGUCUGUCCAUUGACCAUCCCCAGAAGAUCCUCCUCAUGGGAGAAGCUCUGGAUAUGGGCACCUGCAAAGCCAGGAAGAAGAAUGGUGAUCCCUGUGCACAGAUUGUGAACCUGAAUGACUGUGAAUACUGUCAGUACCACAUCCAGUCCCAGUACAAGAAGCUCAGCUCGAGGCGGGCAGAUCUGCAAUCCACCUUCUCUGGGGGCCGCAUUCCCAGAAAAGCCGCUCGGAAAAAUCCCACUUUGAAGGAGAGGCUGUGCCAGGAUGGGUUUUACUAUGGAGGAGUCUCUUCAGCAGCAUAUGCAGCCUCAGUUGCUGCAGCUGCUGUGCCAAAAAGGAAGGUUCAAACCACUCUCUCCAACCUGGUCGUGAAAGGAUCUGAUGCAAUUGUCCAGGAAACCAGGCAGAAAAUUGGUGCAGCAAAGAGACCCAUGCAGUGUUCUGAAGAGUUCAGGGAACUGCUGGCACAGCCAACUUUUGGGGCACGAAACCUCUGCAAACACUGGACCAAAACAGAUGCUGAAAAGAAGCAAGGGGCAGAUUUCCAGUCUAUCUCUGCUUCAGCACUGCUCAAGCAACAGAAACAGAAAUUGCUGGAGGCCAGAAAAAAGCGAUCUGAAGAGAUUCAGAGGCGGUUUCUCCAGAACACAAGUAAAGCCAGCACUCCUGCUCUCCCAUCCUCCUCCAAACAGACUUCCCUCCAUUCCCCAGUGCCUGGGGCAGAGUUUCCCAAAGCUGCAAAAAUGUCAACUCCUCAAAGGCCCAGGCUAGGCACAGGCUUCUCAGAAGGAGAAGAUAUCCUCUUCUUUGACAAGUCUCCUCCUCCAAGGCCAAAGCUGGACAGCUUGGCAGAAGCCAAAAAGCUGGCUGCCAUCCGGCGACUGCGAGCAAAAGGCCAGAUCCUCCCCAGAACAGACCCAAACAGUGUCAAGAGGAAACGGGCUGAUGCUGAGCAUGUCCUGGAAAUUGUUGAAAGGGUUGAGAAAAAUGUUGCUCAGCCACAAGGUGCAGAAGCAGACGGUGAAAUGGAUGAACUGGAACCUGCCCAAAAGAAACGGCGUGAGCAGCUGGCCUAUCUGGAGUCAGAAGAGUUCCAGAAAAUCCUGAAGGCCAAGUCCAAGCACACAGAUGUCCUAAAAGAGGUUGAGGCUGAACUGCAGGAGAAAUACUUUCAGCCCCUGGUGAAAAAGGAAGAACUGGAGGAGAAGAUGAGGAACAUUAAAGCAGUGAAAUGCCGAGUUGUGACAUGUAAAACAUGUAAUUACACCUAUUUCAAGCCUCUGGAGACCUGUGUGCAGGAUAACCACAACUACCUCUGGCAUGAUGCCAUCAAGAGAUUUUUCAAAUGUCCUUGUGGAAGCAGAGCUAUUUCCCUUGACAGGCUUCCCAAAAAGCCCUGCAGUAACUGUGGCCUCUUCAAGUGGGAGCGAGAUGGGAUGCUAAAGGAGAAAAAAGGUCCAAAGAUUGGUGGAGAAACACUUUUACCAAGAGGAGAAGAACAACCAAAAUUUCUCAACAGUCUUAAGUGACCUGGAGUUGAUUUUUCCCUAACAUAUGGAUGGAUUUUUGUGUCUGAAACACAUUUAUACUGGACUGCCAAGAGGAUUCAAGUUUUAGUGAUGAAUCAGUAGGGGAAUCAGUUUUUGAUUAAAAGAUCAUCUGCCAAGGGUCCACCAGGCUGCUGCAUGGAUACUGAACUUUGAUAUUUUUUAAUUGACUGAAGAAGACUUCAUGUGAAAGGCACAGUCAUGCCUGUUCUUUCCAGCUAGCAACACCAGAGUGACCUCACUAUUAGGUGACAAAUCAUCAUGAAUGGGAAUGACUGUAGAUUCCAUAAGCACUUAUGAAAUUAAUACCCUGAUGUGUUCAUGCCAACCUGUCUUCAGCUCUUGGACAGAAAGGGGUGUGAGAGGGUUGUAGGCACAGAGCAUUCUCCAUUGGCUUCAAAAUUACUCACUCUGAACCCUUAGAAAUAGAUGUCAAACUGAUAUCCUGAGUUUCUUCUUGGCUUACCUGUUACAAAACCCUUCCAAUGGCUUUGGCCCUGCAAGGCAGCAGUGUUUGUGCUGGAAACUCAGAGCUCCCUGUCCCCCAGCACCAUCCACACUACACCUGUAGCUCCCACUUGGAAAAACUUUUUAAUGAAUAUGGCACCACUUUGUGAGUGGUUUUAAAGAGCUGAGUGAUUAUAUUUAAAGGUUUUUACCCUUUCUCUGGUAUAUUAAAUAGUAAAAGUAGGUGUGUCAGACCAAGCAGGAUGAAAUCUCCCUCCAAGAGGUGGCUCCUGAGAAAUGCUGUCUCCAUACAGGCAUUUUUCAUUGUAAGGAAAACCUAGGGCAUUUAACCAGCUUUUCCUGGACCUGAGCCUUUUCCUGCCCAGUAGGAUCACAGGAUAUCUUUAAGUGCCUAAACCCCCCCUAACCUUAGUGAUUUGACCAAAGUGCCCCUAAACAUCUCACAUGUGCCAGUGGUCUUGUCAAUAACUCUUGUCUGCUUGCACAGGGGCUGGAAGAGCAAAUUCUGUGAAUGUUCAUUUAGAGCAACUGGACAGAUUCACCUCAGCAUCCUGCAGCUCUCAUCUCUUAUUGGUGCUUUUAUUGGUGCAGCUUUGCCUGCAGCAUUGAUUUCAGUCCCUGUUGGUACUAUUUCCUGAGUGGGGUGUCACUGCCAGGGGACAGCAGCAUGGCUGUGACACUGCUUGGCAAUGGCAACGUCUCCUGUGGAUCCCUCAUUCAGAAUAAACAGAGUACAGAUU